UCUGCCGCUCUCUGAUCAGCACCACAGAGCACGCUGCUCGUGCCAUGCUGGACACGAAGCACGUUUAGCUUUUUGCAUUAAUAUUCAAAACUUGUUCUUUUUCGCCAAGGCUAAUUGUACGAUCUUUCUGGAAUCACGCAAGGUGUUUUGGAACUUUAAUAACUUCAUCGUGCAUGAGAAUAUUUGAUUUGAGAAGCUCUGACCUUAAAAGAAUUUACUAAGUGUAUGUUUGUGCAGAUUUGGAACAUCAUGCAGAAAUGGUACGGUUUCUUUCAUUCGGGAUUGACUUUGAAUACCAAAGGGAAUAAACCAUAUCAGAGUUAAAUCAUUUCAUAGAUCAUAUCAUCGCAUACGAUUUUCCUUUAAAACUAUUGAAUUAAAUUUGGAAAGUCCAGAAGAGGCUUUAUGUGCCAUAAGAAUGUCCGUGAAGAUUCAGGUAACAUUGGCUAAAAUAAUUUUAAGUUAUUCGUUCGCUUUCUGCUAAAGAGAUAACAUUUCCGAGAGAUGUUAUCGAUAGUUUGAUGAUGAUAUGUUACUCCUAUUUGCAUUGAAAUGUGAUGUUUAAUAAAUGGGUAGUUCUUGGUAUUUUAUUUCCUGAUUUUCGGUCUAAAGUCGUUUGAUCAAACAUGUCGGCAUUAUAAAUAAAGGUGGAUUGAAUCGCUUUUGAAAUUAUUUUCAGCUUUGGUAACAGUGUCACUAAGCCUCAUAAAAUAUUUCUUAAAGAUAAAUUACCAACAGUUUACAUUUAAGCGGUAGUAAAAUAUUUGUAAUGUAAAAAAAAAAUUAAACUUUUUUGUCUAUUUUUAAUGUGUCAACAAAUUAAAGAUAAUUACAUUAAUGAUGCAUCAUCAGUUGCUGAUGGCUAACUGUUAUACAACUAAUAUCAUAUAUUACUGUUGUUGUAUUUGGAAACUGAGAAACGUUAGAAAUAGAAAGCUGUAGCAAUCAGUCUUUAUUUACUGACGAAACGAUAUGUAUGCUGAACUUGUGAAACAUUAUGAAAUAAGUUAGAACGUUGGGCAAAGAGAUUUAUUGUUAACAUCCAAGCCUUUCAAUUACUGUGAUAAAUGACAAAACCCAACUAAGGAAGAUAUUCUUAAUACGCAUGUAUUAUUUAAACACAUUUGCAUAUAAGUUUCAAUUAAGACUGUGAUUGUAAUUACGAAUUCCAAAUACCAAGGUAUUCAGUGCUAUAUAUCAGUAUUUCAAAUUUUAUUUAAGAAGAAUUUAUCUUCUAGGAAAAAUAUAAAAUUUCACGAUGUAUCAUGUAUGACUUUGAAUGAGAUAAAUAAGUAUUACGAGACAUAAAUUCUUGAAUUUACAUAAACGCGUUAUAAUAAAUGUUUAAUAAUCCAAGAAAUAUUUAAAGUGCAUAUUAUCUGUGUAUAUUUUAUCGGAAAUUAUUCGCAGAUUUUUCUCGAGGUAACGUCACAUAGCAAAAGGGAUAUUUUAGUUGUUGUUACAAGCGCUAGUUUAUGCAGAAGACGUCUACUGAUUACUGUAAUUGUGAUACAUAUCACAUCAAAGUGUUUGAAAUUAAAAACUGCACAAACCAAAUAUUAUACUGAUGUCAAAAACUGAAAAAUCACAUUUGUUAGUGUCUGUCCACGUGAAAUUCUAAGGAAAACAAAAUAUUUCUUAACAAAUAGAAUUACUAAACCUUCAGAAUUGUUGUUGAUAAAUGGAAGAGGCGAAAAGUUUAAUAUAUGACUUUUGAGAAAAAGAAAUUUCCGGAGAACAUUUUUGGAUCAAGUAAGCUCGGAAAAAAAUUGACUGUAGUUUCUUUUAUUGCGAUACUCUCUGGAAAACUUGAUUGUCAUCAUUUUGAAGAGUUCAAAUCCUCUGGGAUUUAUAUAUUGACCAACAUCUCUUCCUCGCUAAAAAGGAAGAAAGCGAAACCUUGAAUUGUUUUAUUCAGGUACCGUGAAAGCAGAAACAGGGAAAACAUGUAAUUUUCCCCUAGUCAAACUAUCUUCUUCCCUGUUUGUUCUUUUCUAUGAAUGUUCUAUGAUCUAAGUGGCUUUUUGUGUUUAUUUUCAAGUUUACUAUCUGUUUGGAAGAACAUCUUGCAAAAGAAAUUUUUUUUUCUUUUGUGAAACUUCGAAAAAUGGCUUCCUUGCGGAAUAUUUGCGUCUCUUUCAUCAUUCUUUUUGCAAAAGUUGUCUGUGAUAUGCCCCACCAUAGGCCACCCGUCUUCACGUUUGAACCGCCUAGUCCUGCAGUGUUUUCAAAUUCAACAGGAGCAACUAUUCCUUGUAACGCAGAUGGCAGACCUUCGCCAGUGAUUCGUUGGGUUAAACACGAUGGCCAAGCUGCACCUGAUUUGCCAAGUCUAAGGCACGUAAGGCAUGAUGGGGCAUUAGUAUUCCCACCUUUCCCGGCGGAAGAAUAUAGAGCCGACGUGCACGCAACUGUUUACCGCUGUGAAGUGUCUAAUUCAGUGGGAACUCUUGGAAGUAGAGAUGUACACGUGAGAGCUGGUAUUGUUCUGUGA